AUGUUGCUAAUCUCAGAAAUAGAAGCUUCAUUUAUUAGCAAAACAAGAACUAAACGUACACCGGAUUCAGAAAGUAUUCAAAGAUGGAAGUUGGCCUUUAGUGGAGAUCUUUCCACCCCUUUCGCCUCUUCCACAAAAUUUCCCUCAAUAUUAACGUGCAAUUGGGCAUUACAUGAAUUAUGCCUAAAACAUGUUUCGUGUAGAGAAUUGUGGGUACUUUUCAGGCGUAAUUGCGUUGUUGAUGCACAAAACAAUUGCAGAAUGAGCAACAAGUUUUUAUUUUCAUGCUUAUUAUUUAUAGGUUUAAGCUUAAGAUUUUUAGUUUCAUUUUGGAUAAGUAACUUAGGAUAGGUAAGUAAAAUUCAUUUUGGACUAGAGUUGGAGUAACUAGAGCUUAAACUAGAGUUGGAGUUCGGCCUUGAAUCCUGACCCGUUCCUAAACGAUUUUUUCAUUAUUAUCCCCGACCCGAACCCUUCCCCGAAGCAUCUUGAAGACUAUGCUCCCCGACACACCCGCAAAGAGCGACUGGAG